CUUUUAAAAUGGUCAAACUUUGCUACAGUGACCUGUGACAGCACAGCUGCAGCUACGCGGCUGUGUCUCCUGCUGGCGCUGAGGCUGUAUGGGGGGAUUGGUGUAGGCUGGGGAGAGCAUGGCACGUUCUACGUCCAGGGCAGAAGGUCUUUCCACGGAGCCCGACACCAAGAUGUUCUGCUGGCGAUGCUGGAAACACUGCCUCCCCCAGGCUUACAGAGAGGAGCUGUACCACAUGUUGCGCAUGACGGGACCCCUGGUUGUAUCUCGCGUCUUGAAUUACCUGCUUCCUUUUACUAUAACAAUAUUUUGUGGUCGCCUGGGAAACAGUGUGUUGGCUGGUUAUGGAAUGGCUGUCAUUAUCAUAAGUAUUACCACAGCUGCAACUGGAGGAGGUCUUGCACUGGCGUGUGACACACUGGUGGCUCAGACGUUUGGGAGCAAGAACCUGCUGCAGGUGGGGGUGAUUUUGCAGAGAGGCAUUCUGAUCCUGCUUCUCUUCUGCCUGCCCUGCUGGGCCCUGCUCAUCAACACCCAGUCCCUCCUCCUCUGCCUGGGACAGGAGCCCGAGGUGGCCAGAAUAGCCCAGCUCUAUGUGGUCAUAUACCUGCCUGCUGUUCCGGCUAUAUUUCUGCACCAGUUGCAAGGAGCCUAUCUGCAGAACCAGGGAGUGAUUGUACCACAGAUGUAUACAGCCAUUGCAGCUAAUAUUGCCAAUGUACUGACAAAUUACAUUAUGGUCUUCUGGUUGGACCUUGGAGUGUAUGGGUCAGCUGUGGCGAGUUGUAUGGGAGAAAUCUAUAGCUGCACAUUUCUCUAUGGCUACAUUCGCUGGAAAAGGCUACAUGCAGACACAUGGGGAGGUUGGUCUUUAGAGUCACUGCAGGACUGGGGGGGUUACAUGAAGUUAGCGGUGCCUAGCAUGAUGAUGAUCUGCUUCGAGUGGUGGAUUUAUGAGAUAGGAGGAUUCUUAGCAGGGCUACUGGGUGAAGUGGACCUGGCUGCUCAGCACGCUGUCAUGAUGUUGGCUAACAUCAUCUACAUGUGUCCCUUAGGCAUUCAGAGUGCAACGUGCGUGCGUGUGGGUAACGCACUAGGAGCUGGAGACACAGCUGGUGCCAUCCUCACUAGCAAGGUUUCUCUCAUCUACACAGCUGUCCUAAUUGUUGUACAGAGCACUAUACUGGCCUCAGUGAAGUCAGUCAUUGGUUUCAUAUUUACAGAUGAUAGGCAGAUUGUCCAGCUGGUCUCCAAAAUUUUAAACAUCUACUGUGUUCUGGCGUUUUUUGAUGGUCUUGUGUGUGUCUCCAUGGGCGUUCUUCUGGGUUCGGGGCAGCAAAAAAUAGCAGCUGUCGCUAAUCUCCUUGGUUACUACUGCAUUGGACUCCCAUUGGCCAUCUCUCUGAUGUUUGCAGCAAAACUCCAUGUUGUGGGUUUUUGGGUCGGUCUUCUCAUCUCCGUGUGCAUACAGGCGAGCUUCUUCAUCACAGCCAUUUUCAAACUUAACUGGGAGAGAGUGACGAAAGAGGCCAUUCAACGUUGUAGAGAAAACAAAUUGUCCAGGGUGGCAGAAGAUUCCAAGAGUGAUCCAAAUCACCAGAUACUAGAGAGCUCAGUGCCGGUGGACAACCUCUCCACCAAUGCAGAGGUUCAGAAUGGGACUGGCUACCAGGCCCUGAGCUUACAGGGCUGCGAGGAGGAGCUCGGCUCAGAGGCCCAGGAGAGGCUGAGAGCGGACCAGGAGGACGAAAAGAGAACAGCACCGCUGUCCACCUCUCAGCUCGUCAUCAGGAGAGGCCUGACCACUCUCGCUGCCACCCUCGUCCUCGCCGUGGGGACGGCCGUCCACCUCUUCCUGCCCCUGCCUGAGGUUCCCGAUGCUUCAAGAGCAAACGCCACUUUGCACUCCAACACCACGCUGCACUACUCCACAUGGUCUCCACAGGUCAAUCCUACAAUGGUGAUCUGAACCUGGGAUACAGCUGAUCUUCCUCUGAGCGUAUCAAGCUUUUAAUCUGAAGUAAGAUUGUAGUGCUUGUUGUGAAAUUGAUUGAUUAGUUUUGUAUUCCUGUCUUUUUAAACUGUUCAUUUCAAAUGUCUAUCAUUUGAAACCCAAGUGCACAAGUUUUUCAUCCUGUGAUAUUUUUCUUUUAUUGCUUCAAAGCCUUCAUCUGUAUCGUGGUGUUAAUCUGUAACUGUUUUGUUCCCACAAUCCUCAGUCACCUGAAUUCUUAAAGAGCCCCCCCCUUUUGUCUGUCAUACAUUGCACAAAUAAAUUUACACCCAAUUCACAAAUUAUGCAUCUUGCACAUCUUGAUGCCCCAUUACAACAUGCUGUACUAAUAAUAAGUUUACUGCACGUAUAAGCAAUUAAAAAUGAUAUAUAAUUGGAGGGUAAAGGAAUGGAACUGGACUGCAUUUCUCAAAAAUAAUUCUGCACAAAGAUCAUCAAUGAAUGGUAGGGUGUGUGUCAUAGUGACCACACCCUCUCUCAUUUAAGAUGACAAUGUUUUUGGCAAAUGGGGCCCUGAUGGUUAAAAGAAGCAGAAACGAGGCAUAAGAUAAUGUACGUUUUUCUACACAGACACACACACA